AUGUCCCUCUAUCACGAGGCGGCCGAGCUCCUACUCACCUCGCCGAACGAGGGUCGUAGCCUCAAAGCCCGCGUCUUUCGCCGCAAGGACCUCAAGUCCCCACCAGCCCAGCUGUAUGCCCUCGUGCUGGAGACGUGCAAAUGGAGUGCCGUGCUGAAGGACAUUGUCGAGAAGAGCGAAUUGCUCAGGCUCGAGAGAAAGCUCACGCCCGCACUGGCACUACUCCUGGUGCAUGAUCUGCUGCUAUCAAAAAAGGGCCUUGCCCUCCCGCAGAGCCAUGGGCUGAGUCAGAGCGUCGCGAAGCACAAGGGAAGACUCAGCUCCGAGUUCACACGUGCCAGACUACGACGGAAAGCACCAACCGUCGACGCACUGAGAGAGCAGGUGGAGGCUGAGGCUGCUGGUGAUGCCGAGGGCUAUCCCCGCUGGGUGCGAGUGAACGCGCUGAAGACGACGGUGGAGGAGCAGCUGGAGACUACUUUUAUGAACUACGAGAGGGCCAGCGCCCUGAAGGAGGUCAUUACCACCAAGGCUCGACAGGCUAUGUGGAUCGACCCCCACGUACCAAACUUGCUCGCUGUCACCCAGGGCACGGCGCUGUUCAAGACGGAGGCGUACACGUCGGGCAAGAUCAUCCUUCAGGACAAGGCGUCCUGCUUCCCCGCGUACCUGCUCGACCCCCGCGCGGAGGAUGGUGAUGUGAUUGAUGCCUGUGCUGCGCCGGGCAACAAGACGACACACCUGGCCGCGGUCCUCCGCAGCCACCGACCCGAGUUCGACAGCCCGCCACAGACGGUGUAUGCAUUCGAGAAGGAUCCGGGCCGGGCCAAGACCCUGGAAAAGAUGGUCACCAUUGCCGGGUCGAGGAAGACGACAAAGAUUGGUCCGGGGCAGGAUUUCCUGAGGGUCAACCCCCAUGAUCAGCGAUAUGCCAACGUGGGCGCGCUGUUACUCGAUCCCAGCUGCUCGGGCAGUGGGAUCGUCGGCAGAGACUCGAUGCCCGAGUUGCAUCUCCCUGAAGCGAUAGGCGCCAGCAAGAAGAAAGCAGCAGAGCCUGGCAAGACGCUCAAAAGGAAGCACGCGGAGGCGGCAGCGCCAGAAGAAAACAUACUGCGGGACGACGACGGCAACGAGACCAUUGUCAAGUCGGAGAAGGACCUCCAGUCUCGUCUGGAGGCCCUGGCUUCUUUCCAGCUCACGCUCGUCUUGCACGCGCUCAAGUUCCCGCGUGCGACAAAGGUCACGUAUUCGACAUGCUCCAUCCACGCAGAGGAAAAUGAGUCUGUUGUCAUGAAAGCCCUCCAAUCCGACGUGGCUCGGCGGCGGGGAUGGAAGAUCCUCAAGCGAGAGGAUCAAGUUAGCGGUCUACGGGACUGGGACGUCCGUGGCCUGAGUGAGGCGUGCGACGGCGACAAGGACAUCGCGGAGGGUUGUAUACGGUCUUAUAAAGGCGAUGGGCGUGGUGUCAUGGGAUUCUUCGUCGCGGGGUUCGUGAGAGCCCCCGGCGAAGAUCUACUGGAGGAGGAGGGGCCGUAUAUACGGGAUGAGGACGGCGUCAUUGUCCGUGAUGGGCAAGGCAUGCCGGUGCUCAAGUCUACGGGCGAGCCAGUCACUUUGCGGUCCAGGGACGCCGAAGAGGAGGACUUUGUUGACGACGGCGACGACGACAUUGAAUCAGCCAGCACGGACAGCAGCAACAGCGGCAGCGACGACGACGACGACGACGACGACUGUGGUGAAGACGAGUGGGCUGGUUUCGGAGAUUAG